UCGCUGAUUCAGUAUACCGGUUUUUAGAUCAUAACUUUUUGUUCGGUCAAUAUUAUAGAAAUUUUUAUUUAUGAUCCGAUAGGUCUCGAUGUGCUGCAUCAUUUUAAAAAUCAGAUCGGGCAAAUUAUGAAAAAUAUGUCGAAUUUCGACCCUUUCGAUUAUAUGUUCGAAUCGGAAUAUCAAGAAAAUCGUGGCCAUAUUCGGAGGUACCGAAUCGUCCUUUACCGAUUUAUGUGCAGCGGGGACGACUGAGUCCCGCCGAUUGAGUCCCGGAGCCAUAUUUUGGGUGAUCAUUUUCGCUAGUUAGAUUGAUGUGAUUAGAUUCUUCCUUUUUUAUAUUUUAGUGAUUUUUUGGGUAUUUUAGUGGUGGGGCCGGAUCGGGCCGGAUUUUUCCGGACUUCGGGUCCCAAAUCCGGGUUUUUGCGAUCAUCGGAUUAAAGCCGGGCCAGUUUAAUCCGGAAAAAUCCGGUUGGACCAAGUCCGGCAUGAGUGUGAAAUCCAAAAUCCGGUUUCUGGACCUGGAAAAAUGAUUUCUCGUACACUAAUGUAUAAGAAUUAUUAAAGUCUAGGCUUUUGUGAUUCAUUUUAUUACAAUUUCUCUUUAGUCAAUAAUAUUCUUUUCUUGGGAGAUGUGUCAUAUUUUUGCUGUCAUUCCUUUUCUGAUUUUCAAGAUUAUUCAUGAUUAAUUUCAUUUUUGUGUAGCAAUUUAUUUUAUAUGAAUUUUAUUAGAUUUAAGCUUUGAAUUAAAAAUAUGGCUAGAACGAUUCAACAAACAUUAACUACAGGUGCUGCCGGGGGUUUAGAUGAGCCUAUCAAAAAACACAAACCUAAAGAUACAAGAUUAAGACAACAACGUCUUCCGGCUUGGCAGCCAAUUUUAGAUGCAAAAACAGUUAUACCAGUUUUUAUUACAAUUAGCCUUCUUUUUAUACCUGUUGGAAUUGUUCUUAUAAUUACGAGCAAUUCUGUUAAAGAAUGGGCUCAAUAUUAUGACAUUGCUUGUGAAAAUCAAUUAAAAUUAGGAUCGAAUAUUUGUAUUUUUGAUAUAUCCUUGGAGGAAGAUUUUUUGAAUCAUAGACGGUAUAUGCGUAGUAGAAAUGAUCUUCAAAUGCUUGGACGUUUAGAUGAAGUUUCUGAUUGUUCUCCCUUUGACUACCUCGAUGGCUUAAAAGUCGCACCAUGCGGGGCUAUAGCUAAUUCAAUGUUUAAUGAUACUUUUACUUUGAAAGAAAAAUAUACGGGAAGAACUAUUGAAUGGAGUUAUGAAGAAUUAAUUUGGCCAGCUGAUAGAACUAAAUUUAUUAAUCCAAAAUGUUCAAAUGGUGAUUGUCAAACAAUUAAUGAUUUGUGGGUAUUCAAAACCUCCCAAUUGGAUUAAACCUCCAUGUCAAUUAGACAGCCAAAAUGUUCAAAAUAGUGGAUUUCAAA